CGAAGAAGAAGGACGCAAUCUCUGACGCUGUCUGUUUAUUUCUUGUUAUUUAAAGGCCAAUUUAUCGUUUUACCGAAGCGAAAAUGACCGAACCAGUGUACCUUGGGUAAAUCACCGGAAUAAAAGACACAUUUGCUCCCUAAAACUGCCAGGACGGAGCGGAAACAUGGAGGCUGGAGAAGGUGUCAGCAGUGCCACGCCCACAGAGGAGAUGAACGGAGCAGGAAAUCUGAUGGAUUUUUUAGAUGAACCCUUUCCAGACGUCAGCACAUAUGAAGACUUUCACACCAUCGACUGGCUGAGGGAGAAAUCCAGAGACACAGACCGCCACCGCAAGAUCACCAGUAAGAGUAAAGAGUCCAUCUGGGAGCUGAUCAAAAGCCUGCUGGACGCCUGGUCGGGGUGGGUGGUGAUGCUGCUCAUCGGACUCCUCUCAGGUACGCUGGCGGGUGUGAUCGACCUGGCCGUGGAUUGGAUGACGGACCUGAAGGAGGGCGUGUGCUUGUCGGCGUUCUGGUACAGCCACGAGCAGUGCUGCUGGACGUCCAACGAGACGACCUUCGACGACAGAGACAAGUGUCCGCAGUGGCAGAAGUGGGCGGAGCUUAUGACGGGCCACGCUGAGGGCGCUGGAGCGUACGUGUUGAACUACUUCCUGUACAUUUUGUGGGCGUUGCUGUUCUCCUUUCUGGCCGUGUCGUUGGUGCGAGUGUUUGCUCCGUACGCCUGUGGAUCUGGAAUCCCUGAGAUCAAGACGAUCCUCAGUGGCUUCAUCAUCCGGGGCUACCUGGGGAAGUGGACCCUGCUGAUAAAGACGGUCACCCUGGUCCUGGCGGUGUCGUCGGGUCUCAGUCUGGGGAAGGAGGGGCCUCUGGUGCACGUGGCCUGUUGCUGUGGAAACCUCUUCUGCAGCCUCUUCUCCAAAUACAGCAAGAAUGAGGGAAAAAGGAGAGAGGUGCUGUCGGCGGCUGCGGCUGCUGGGGUGUCAGUGGCCUUUGGAGCGCCCAUCGGAGGAGUCCUGUUCAGCUUAGAAGAGGUCAGUUAUUAUUUCCCUCUGAAGACCCUGUGGCGUUCCUUCUUCGCCGCUCUGGUGGCCGCCUUCACCCUGCGCUCCAUCAACCCGUUCGGAAACAGCCGCCUGGUGCUGUUCUACGUGGAGUACCAUACGCCGUGGUACAUGGCCGAGCUGGUGCCCUUCAUCCUCCUGGGCGUGUUCGGAGGUCUCUGGGGGACUCUGUUCAUCCGGGCCAACAUCGCCUGGUGCCGGCGGAGGAAGACCACCCAGCUGGGGAAGUACCCGGUCCUGGAGGUCAUCGCCGUGACAGGGAUCACCGCCGUCUUGGCGUACCCCAACCCGUACACGCGCCGCAGCACCAGCGAGCUGAUCUCGGAGCUGUUCAACGACUGCGGCGCCCUGGAGUCGUCGCAGCUCUGCGACUACAUCAACAACCCCAACAUGAGCCGACCCGUCGACGACAUCCCAGACCGACCGGCGGGACCAGGGGUCUACAACGCCCUGUGGCAGCUCGCCCUCGCACUCAUCUUCAAGAUCGUCAUCACCAUAUUCACCUUCGGCAUGAAGAUCCCGUCCGGUCUGUUCAUUCCCAGUAUGGCGGUGGGCGCCAUCGCCGGGCGGAUCGUCGGCAUCGCCGUGGAGCAGAUGGCGUAUCACCACCACGACUGGAUCAUCUUUAAGAACUGGUGUCGUCCCGGUGCGGACUGCGUCACACCUGGACUCUACGCCAUGGUGGGAGCGGCCGCCUGCCUCGGCGGUGUGACCAGGAUGACCGUCUCCCUGGUGGUCAUCAUGUUCGAGCUCACCGGCGGGUUGGAGUACAUCGUCCCCCUGAUGGCCGCCGCUGUCACCAGUAAGUGGGUGGCGGACGCCUUCGGUAAAGAGGGCAUCUACGAGUCCCACAUCCAGCUGAACGGGUACCCCUACCUGGACGUCAGGGACGAGUUCACCCACCGCACGCUGGCCACCGACGUGAUGAGACCCCGCAGGAACGACCCCCCUCUGGCCGUCCUCACCCAGGACACCACCACGGUGGAGGACGUGGAGACGCUCAUCAAAGACACCGACUACAACGGCUUCCCGGUGGUCGUCUCCCGGGAGUCGGAGAGGCUCAUCGGCUUCGUCCAGCGCCGAGACCUGACUCUGGCCAUCAAGAACGCCCGUCAGAAGCAGGACGGCGUGGUGAGCAGCUCGGUGGUCUACUUCACCGAGGACGCGCCGCAGCUGCCGGCCAGUAACCCGCAGCCGCUGAAGCUCCGCCGCAUCCUCAACCUCAGCCCCUUCACCGUCACCGACCACACGCCCAUGGAGACGGUGGUGGACAUCUUCCGCAAGCUGGGCCUGCGCCAGUGUCUGGUCACCAGGAGCGGGCGUCUGCUGGGCAUCAUCACCAAGAAGGACGUCUUACGCCACAUGGCUCAGAUGAUGAACCAGGACCCGGAGUCCAUCAUGUUCAAUUAACUCCGUCAGUUGUAAAUAGGCAAAGCCGGUGCAAAUCUACUGUACUGCAACCUGUCAGCCCCCCCACACACACACUUCCUGUCAGCUGCCCCCCCACUUCCUGUCAGGCAAGUCCUCGACCUGCAGCCACUGCAGCAGCUUCCAUGUGUUUGAGACGCUUUUGCAGCCACACAUCACGCCUCAUGCAAGAACAUCCGCAGUGUCAUAGUGGUAGUUAGUGCCUGUUCUGUCCGCCUGACGUUCAGGAAGAGUCUCAUAUCUCAACUCAGAUCAGCUCAGGUUCCACAUUCAGCCCAGGAUCAUCUGAAGUGGACUGGACCAGUACAACAGUUACAGAAGAACCUCUAAAUAAUAAUCUGUUUUUUAUGUGUGAAAAAAGUACAUUUACAUUAGGAUGUGAAUAACCUGAACAACCAUGAACAGCCUGAUGCUGCUUAAGAAAAAUAAGUUAA